AAGAAAGAAGGAUAGAAAGGACCGUAAAAAAAGAAGAAAAUUAAAUAACUAAAAAAAGAAAGAAUCAAAAGAAAAUCGAGCAUGGUAACAUUGUAAGAAUUCCUCUAAGAUGAUAAAGCGAUAGGGAAGGGGAAUGCACGAUGGAAGAAGGAAGUAGGGACGAGUGCAAGGAAAGGUUUGCUAUCCCCCUCUCUCUCUUUUCGAUUCAGAAUUGGUUCGCAAUGGUCCCUUUUUUUUUCAAUAAGCCUUUGUACCGGGUUCAACCCCAUGUGUCCUUCAUAACACCGGAAAGAACCGCAAAGACGAUUCCAGCUGUUUCUCGAUGGACCUUGGCUGCUGGUGCUGCAGUAUUCUUGUUUGCCAUGCAAGUUCCCAAGGUGAAAACCACGAUUUUACAGCCAAUUGCUUUCCUUGGAGACCACUUCAAGGACAAGACUCCUGAAGAAGACAAGUGGUUGUAAGCUACCAUGGAAGCAUGGAGUGAUCUUGGCCUUGUUUGUCUGUUUAUUUUCAAAGGCAAUGAGAUUUUUUCUUUACUAAAAUCAUAAUUAUUACGGUAGGGUUGAUGUGUGUAGAGAGAGCAAGACAAACAGAGUGCGUGCGUGCGUGUGUAGUGCAAAGUAAAGCC